CUAAUAUUCGCCUCCGAGCUCCCAAGGAACCCUCGCGGCCUCGCGUCUCUGCCUCUAUUCCCCAAGGUUCUUCCUUUGGCGAUCUCUUCUCUCCAUUUUCCGUUCUUUUUUGUUGUAUUUUCUCCAGGAGUUCCGAUAAAUUUGCGGCCUCUCUCGCGCCCUAGCGACUGUUGAAAUCCAUGUUCGUUUGCGCUUCAUGGAUCCCUCUCUGACUCAGCCCGCUCCAGAGGUCGAAGAAGACGAGUGGGAUACGGAUGGGUUUGUGAUCCCAAGUUUGAACGUUGGAGACUCCGAUUUUGGUAAACCAGAUGUGCCGGGAGUAACAGAUCCUAAACCUCCUCCAAAGGCAGUCAAGGAAGCUGAAAAGAUCUACUUGGGACCUCACGGGGCUCCACCUUCUCAAGCCAAGCAGCUAGAGCUGAACGCGGCUGGGCGUAAGCAGCGUUUCAAACAGAAGCUCAAGGAAGCAGAUCGUAAAUUCUCUGGGACGGGGCGUGAAAACAAGGAGGAAAGCCUGAGACAACUCGUGGGCAGUAAGGUAAGCGGUGCAACCAUGCCAAAAACUUCCCCACGAGAUUGGCUUGACCCACAUUGUCACGAGUCUCAGUUUGAGAGGUACCGUCAGUAAGAACAUUAUCAAGAAAAUUCUAAGAUACAUUUGUGGAACAUCUUUUAUAUAGUCUUGAAAGCCCAUUUAUCUACUUUCAAGGGAUGCAUCCUUGUUAUGAACCCUGGAUGUUUUCCAUUAUUACUGAAUGUUUUAUUCUCUAUACUAAAUGUAUUAUGUUCUAUCAUCCUCAUCUAGUCUGGUUUCCUAGUCAUUUUAUCAUCAUCAAGGACUUUAAUUGCA